AUGUUUUUGAAUAAUUUACAUCACUCGUCUAAUUAUAAUGAUUCAUUGUAUUCACAAGCUAUGAAUGAAUCAAUCUUAAAUCAUCUAUUCCUUCCUCUGAAUUUACCAUCAUCGAACAAUAGUGAUUAUUUAACGGAGUCCAACCAUCAGAAUGAAUACAAGUUACUUGAAUAUAUAGAUGAAUUCUUACAAUCGCCAGAUGUUGGGAAUGAAUUAUCAGUAUUACCUAUUCUUAAGAAAUGUAUUCAAAAUUGGUUGAUUGUACAGAAUGUUAAAAACUGUUCUGUAGAGAAUUUACAGUCAACCAUUCAGAAACUAAAACCAGAUGAUUUUCUCCCUCUGUAUUUCUAUGCUCAAAAUGCGGCAAUCUUGAUUGAAAUUGAUGAAAAUUCUGACGAUCAGCCAUUAGUCUCAUCUUGGCAAGUUUUAUUACCAACAGAAACCAUAACAUCAUCAUUGGAACCACAUAUAUCCUGUUUUCCUGUACCAACGUUUCGAUUGUCUAAUCGUUCUCAAUUAUUAUCUCGAGUUCAAUGUGAAUUAUUAGUCGAUUUCGUAAAUAACACAAUUGAAUGUGCACAAUCUCAUAAAGCAUCACACACAUUUAAUGAAAUACGUGAAGUGCCUAUAGCACAUUAUGUAUGCCAAUGGUGGAUCACACAAUUUCAAGGGGUUCAAACCGAUCAACAAGCCAAUACAUCGAUUUCAUUCAAGAAAAAGCAUCGUGAUCAAAUUCGAUAUAGGAGUUCGAUGUAUCCCUUUCGACGAUCAGGUUUAUGGAUGACUAUUAAAGUUGUUUUUCAUAUUAUUCUAACAAAACGUUUGGGAAAAAUGGGUACAAUCAUGUAUAAACUGCUGAUUACAAACUUGUUAACUUAUUUUAUUCAUAAGAUGAGUUCUCAAAUAUCUACAGAUUUGUUAACAUAUUGCCUUCGAAAAAUAGUUCGCCGAUUAAAUAAAAUUGACAGUUUGUUAUCAUCUGUUGAUUUCAACGAUAUGAAUCACUGGAUACAAAAGAUAACUGAAGAAAUUAAAAAGAAAAUUGAGCAGAUUACUCCGAAUUCGAACUGGCAAAGAUCAGUCGAAGAAAGAAAAAAACAAAAAUUACCUGAAAUUCGAUUAGAUCCAACACAACGAGAAACACAGGAACAUUCGUGCCUGAAAUUUAAAAGUUAUCUGCAGAAACAUCAAUCUGAUACAUCGUUUAAACCAUCCUAUCAUACUUCUAACUAUGAUCAUUGGACGUCGAAUAGAACUGUUGAUCAAGACAAUGGAUUACCUACUAUUUCAUUCUCAAACAGUUAUGACGAUAAUACCAUCAAAGUACAAUUGAUUCGUAUUGAAAUAUUUGUGCAAUCGUCUUUAGAAGAUUGGAUUAACCGUUUCUUAGCAUCACAAAAUGGAUACAAAUGUUUCGAAAAUUUACAAACAUUUUAUGAAGACUAUCAGCGUUCAGCAUUGCAAUUUUAUUAUUCAGAAAAUAAAUCAACAGAUCCGAUGGGUUAUAGUCGAUUUAUCCUAACAUCAUUGACUAUCAUCUAUUUCAUGCAUAAAAAAUUAUGUGAAGAUAAACAAUUCGAACGAUUGAAAUUGCAUGCCAUUCGAAUACCAAAUCUGUUAGAUCUAUUCGACUUUUUAGUGUUGCCCAAUCGAGAUGAUAUGAUUCGAGCUCGAAGUUUAUAUGAUUAUUUUCAAGAAUUCAAUGGAAAACCAUAUCCUGAUUUGUUAAGUAAUAUUGAGUCCAGUAUUGCUUUUGGCGUUUAUUUUGCUGAUCAAUCAAUAGAAAUGAAUGAAGAGCUUAAAAAAAUUCAAGAACAAGCUGAAAAAGAUAAGAAAGAUAAGAUUGAAGAAGUGAUCAAAGCGAAAGAAAAAUACGAAGAACUUAUGAAAAAAGCUGAAGAUCUCAAAUGUGAAUGUGAUGAAUUAACAUUUUUUUACAAGAAAUGUGAUCAAUGCACCAUUAGAAAAGAAGCAAAUAAUAUUAAAGUUAAUAUUUACGAAUGUCCAAUACCAUCGAGACGAGAAAGUGCUUUGGCGGUUAUGUUUGAACUACAAAUGCCGAAAGAAAUCAGAUGUUAUCGAGAUAUCCUUUGGCAAUUUAUUAAUCGUCCUAAUCCAAAUCCAUCGAAUCAAAUGUAUGAAUGGUUAAGCACUAGUCCUCAUAGCAUUAAGUUAAGACAGUUCCACAAAGGUUCAGGUAAAUGUAAAGUGAAAUUGGUAUCUGAGACUAAGUCAAUAUCACAAAGUCAUUAUUCAUAUCCACGACAAGUCGCAUCAACAUCUGUGGAAGAUUUUUUGUAUGAAAAUAGUCUACAAGUUCAAAUCACUCCAACUAAACCAACGGAAUUUCAACAUGAAUGUCAAACAUUAACGCCCGAACUGACUCAUUGCAAUUAUAAAGAUUUACAGUUUUCCAUUGGUAGCACACAAUUUGUUCAAAAUCGUGUUAUUGCUGAGUUAUCUAAAUGUUCAAUAAAACUCAAGUCAACCGAAUUUGUUGAGUUCAGUUCAUUUCGUUCUGGUCAUUAUUUACAAUGGUGGAAUCUUUUAAGUAUUCUUGAAUUAUAUUCUUUAUCAAUGGAUGAAGAAAGUGUUGCAAUACUAAUUACUCAUGCACUGUUACAAAAUGGACCAACGAUGACGAAUGGAAAGGAGCUUAUUCAUUCUUGGUGUCCCGAGUCCCAUCAACAAUUAUUAGAUGAUUAUUUUGUUGAUGAAUUAAUUUCGAGAUUAGAUCGUCAUUUGAAAGAUUGUGAAUGUAAUUGGAAAAAUGAAUUAUUGUUAAUCAUUAUAACAAUAAUUGUCAUGAGAAUAUUUACUAUUUGUAAUUCAACAAGAAAAGAUGAAAUUACUAGAGUAGUUUUAAAAUGUCGUAAUAUAGGUGAAAAAUGGAUACGACUUAUUUCCGAAAGUAUUCAAAAUGCAUUUUCAUUUACGUCUGAUAAUAUGAAUUCAUCACGUGAUAAAAUCGUAAUUAUUGGCAUUGCAAAUGUAUUAACAUUUUCCAUGUAUACCGAUAUUAGCAAGUCUUUAGAAUUAUCAAAUGAAAAUAUUAUUUCUUUAUUGACAACAAUCACAGCUAUUCAUGAUAAUAUGACUUUAAGCAAGAAAAAAACAGAUAUGAGUGUAUUUAUGAGAAAUUUAUUGCGUUAUAGUGAACGUGUACUAGUAUUAUUACAUUCAACUAUAAGCAAACUUCUUGAAAAAACUUCUUAUGAAAGUUUAAAUGAAUUUUGUUCUAUUUACUGGGCAGUGAUUCGAACCAAGGAUAAAAUGAAUGUAAAAUGGAAGAAACGAACUAAUGAUAUGUAUGAUGGUUGGUACGAUAGUCAAUAUGAAUCAAAUAAAGUUUCGAUUGAUGUUUUGAGAGGAAAAUUCCUAGUCAAUGAAAUGAGUAUUGGUUUUUUACCAGAUAGAAUCACUUCAGAUAAAUUAUUUCUUCGUGUAUUUAGUCAUCAUAUUUUUGAAGUACAAGCAGCUGAAUCAAAAGAUACUUAUAUCACAAAACAUGGAUAUCAUAGUCAUAGUGAUGGACAAGUUCAUUAUGAAUUUAAGUAUGAUGAAAGAAAUAAUCAAUUGAUAGUCUAUGAACGACAUAUACAAAACAAACAAAAGUUUGAAUUGAUCCCUCCGAGUUGCUUUGAAAAAGAAUUACCUGAUAUUUUUGUUUCGAACUACAGCCAUUGGUGGAACGCAAAGGAUAUGACUUUACAGUUUCGACCAAUUCAUUUUCAGGAUUCCAAUUUCCUCAGUAAUAUACAUUAUAUAUUAGAAAUCAAGACAGGACGUAUUAGAACUUACAAUAAUACCAAAAAUAUACAAUACUUAAUUAAUCGAUCAUCAACAUUUUUUAAAAGCUUAUUUAAAUGUUAUUUUGUUCGUCUUGAUGAUGAACCUUAUGUAUACAUGUUAAUAGUCGAUGCUAUGAUUCACAUCUUUCUAUCUCGAUUAGGCAUCGCUUUUAAAUACAAUAGUCAAAAUAAUAUGAUAACUUCACGAGAAUAUUCUGAUAUGUAUAUCGAUGAAAAUCAAUGGUUUGGAGCAUUAACCGGUUUGACGGCAGGUCUUCUUCUUUCACCACUAUCAGUAAAGAAUGAUAAAGAUAAACAUUAUCUUAAUCGAAAAUUAAUUGUUCCUUAUGGACAAGUUCAAACAACAAAAACAUUCAAAAAUGAUCAUCAAAUCGUAAUGAUAGAACGAAAUUCAACAUUGACAUCAUCAUUUCUUUAUAAAUACUUUGUUUUUACUCUGAACGAUCGAUUACGUAUUCUACAACCAACAGAUAGCCCAACAGGCUGGCUCUAUUUAGCAUUGUUACAUGCAAUGACAUCGUAUUCUCUACCUGAUCAAUAUACAGGAAUGACCGGAAUGGAACGUUCGUUUCAAUUAUUGAAUUCAGCUGGUUGUUGGUCCGAUCAACCGUUCGACUUGAUUUCUCGAAAUAUUCUUCUUCAAAUGGCGACUAUCUCACCAAAAGUAAAUUAUUAUCCAGAACAUCUCAAAUGCAUGCAAAAAGUUGAAUGGAAUACAAAUAGUUUACCUCAUUCAUUGCAACAUUUUGGUUAUUAUUUAAUAACAAAAAAGUUAAUCGAAACAAGUGAACAAUUGAAUUUUAUGCAUUCGUCAUCAACAACAUCUCCCGAUGAAAUAGAGAAACUGUUUCAAAGUAAAAAAUACAAUGAAACAUUAUUAACGAAACUCUAUUGGGAUUAUCGAGAUUCAUACAAUCCUACAGCUCGAUUAUCUGCACUAAUGGAAGCAGAGAUUUUUCGCACAAAUGUAGCAAAACCAUAUCAACCAGUUUGGGAGUGUUGUCCAUCUACAACAAAUUACACUCAUUGUAAUUUAGUAGAUUAUUUAUAUAGUAACGGAGAUGUAAAUUUGAAAAAUAACACAGAACUCAGAUGUUUUCCUUUGUCUCAAUGGCUUUCAAGUGAAUAUGAAUUGAAAAAUAUUUGGAUUGGCUUAUUUAAAUUCAUUGAAGAGGUGAAAUCAGCUGACAGUGACAAGCGACAAGAUGAAAUUGAACGUUACGAAUUGUUGCUCGGCUUUUUGCAUUAUAUUUCCGGUAAAGGUUCGAGCCAACCAUAUUAUUUGCAAUUGCUUUGGUCCAUAUUGAAAGCACCGACUCUGCCAUUGAGACCUGCCUUAUAUCCUUCAUUUAGUCGAUAUGAACAUAUUCAGGAAAUUUCAUUUCAAUGUAAUCGUAUCAAUUUAGGAAAUCUGCGUUAUAAGCGGAGUAUAGCUUUACAAGAAAUUCAAGAUUGUUUUGAAAAAAAUUGCAGUUAUCAAAAUAACAAUCUUCCACAGAUAAACCAAAUAAGUGAAAAAAUUUAUGAAAUCAACUUGUUAUUUCAAUCAUGGCGAAAGAACCGCAUACUUCGUGCGUUUCUAAAACAUAUUCAAAGUUAUCUUAGUUCGGUCACUAUUGUUCCAUUCAAUAUUAAAGUAUUUGUUACUCCUCAACAAUUUACAUUCGAAUCAUUUCAAAAUCAUUAUCGAAUCCGCCUUAACUCGACAAAACAAGUCAUUGACCAAAACAUGCUAGAAAGUGCCAAAGAAAAGUUUUUGCAUUCUCAUUCUAAUUACUUUAUUAAACCAAUAUCAAGAGUUCAAAUCAAAAGUGAGAAAAAACCAUUUCCCGAGAAAAUCUUUCCUUCUACUGACUCUCAAAUCAAUCCUCUAAGUGAUAUUGCCAAUCAUUUUAAGGAACAUUUAACUGAAAGUUGGGAGAAAUUUAAUUCAACUGAAGAAUAUCGAAACGAGUAUCCGUCAGUGAAAGAAAUCAAUCAAUUUCUUGAUUCUUUUCGUCAAGAAUCUGCACAACUAUGGAAUGAAUUAGAAAAAUUUAUUAUAUGCGAAAAUCAACAAUUGUUUAACACAGGCUUAGUAUUACGAGUUCUGCCGACAACUUUGAUAUCUGUCUUUCAAGAGAUAUGGUUAAAUGAUGCUGAAUCGAAUUUUUCAACAUCAAACAUUGUAGUGAAUGGUAGAAAUCCAUCGUCAUUGUUCUUGACUUCUGAACAACGUACACUACUCGGUGGAAUCAUGGUCAAUUGGGUAGUAGAACAGCAAAUUGAAAGAGCUUUACAUUUUGCUAAUCAAAAUAAACAGGAAGAUUUUGAAAAAGAAAUAUCAAAUAUUCCACAUGUCAAUUGGACGCCAUCGGAGCAUGUUCCAUGGUUAAUAAUGGAACUUGAAAUGAAUAUAACAAUACGAGAAAUACAAAUUGAAGUAGCACGUCAUAUGAUUCAACCAAAGAAAAACGAACAAAAUUCUACAAUACGAAAUAUUGUCAUGCAAUUAAAUAUGGGUGAAGGCAAAACUUCAGUUAUUUUACCAAUGUUAGCCCUUAGUCUAUGCUCGUCGUCUUCAAGUUUAGUUCGUAUCAUUGUAUUGAAAUCUUUAUUUUCAAUGAAUUAUGAAGCAUUACGAUGUAAACUAGGUGGUCUAUUGAAUCGACGUAUAGUUCCAUUUUCAUGUCGUCGUAAUAUGAAUUUUACCGAUGAACAAAUAAAUAAAAUGUUCAACCGUCUCCAACAAGGACUUACUAGUUAUGAUAUUAUAUUAACUUCACCUGAAGAUAUUCUAUCUUUUGAUUUGCUUACCAUAGAUAAAUGUCGACGAAAUGAAUUUAAUGUUGGUCGUUCAAUGUUGUUGAUUCAACGUUGGAUAAAAGCGUACGUUCGUGAUAUUUUAGAUGAAUCCGAUGAAAUUCUACACGUCAAGUAUCAAUUAAUUUAUUCAGUUGGUAGCCAAAAACAGGUCGAUGGAGGUCUAGAACGUUGGAAGACUAUUCAAUUAGUACUGAGUAUAGUUAAACAACACGCUGCAAAUAUUGCACAAAAGUACAAGGAUAAUGUUUUUUACAAAGCAUCAAAACGACAGAGUAGUUUUCCAGAAUUUCGUUUACUUAAUCAUCAACUAUUUCCAGAAUUAUGUCAACGAAUAGCCAAGGAUUGGCUUAAUCAACAAACAUUUCGUCAUGUAGAUCAGCAACUUAUUUUAGCAUUCAUAUUGCAUACGAACUCCUCAGUAGAUUCUUUAAUUGAUCUAUUUCCUCAUAAUAUAAUUCAAAUGCUUCUUAUUGUACGUGGCCUUUUAUCAUCUGAAGUAUUAUUUAUGGCAUUGAAAAAGCGCUAUCGUGUCAAUUACGGUGUAAAUCCCAACCAAAAAUUUAACCGUUUAAUGGCUGUACCAUUUCGUGCGAAAGAUGUAGCAGCAGAAAAUACUGAAUUCGGACAUCCGGAUGUAGCCAUUGUUUUAACUCAGCUUUCUUAUUAUUAUAGUGGUUUGAAAGAUGAGCAAAUGCUUAAAUGUUUUAAUCAUUUGACUCAAAGUGAAAGUGACCCGGAUGUGAUUUACGAAGAAUGGAUUUCAUUGGAAGAAGAUGCUGAAAGCAUCUCAAGCAUCAGGCAAUGGAAACAAGUUAAUUUGAAAGACGCUCAACAACGAACGCAACAUCUCUUUCCAACUCUACGACAGAAUAAUCUAGUGAUUAAUUAUUUUCUCAAUCAUUUUGUCUUUCCUCAUGAAUCCAAACAAUUUCCGCAUAAACUAGUUGCUUCCCCGUGGGAUUUGUCUUCAUCAUUACGUUCAAAGAUAAUUACUGGAUUUAGUGGUACAAAUGACACUCAAUUAUUAUUACCAAUUCAUAUUUGUCAAUAUGAUUUACCUGAACUUCGAAAAACUGAUGCUAUUGUUCUCAAUAAUUUACUUCAACCGAUGAAUGAACAUUACCAAUGUUUAUCUAUUGGUGCAAACUCGGAUGAAAUCUUAAAACAAAUUGUUAAUCAUAAACCAAUGAUUCAAGUGAUAUUGGACGUUGGUGCAUUGUUUAUCGAUGAAACAAAUAGUCAAAUAGCUGUGAAAUGGUUAGAUCUAUCGGAUAGAGUACAAAUCGAUUAUUGUGUUUAUUUCGAAUCGGAUUCAAUUUUCGUUUGUGAUUGUCAAUAUCAACAUCAUGCAUUUUUAACAUCACCAGCUAGUGAAAGGCUUGAUCGCUGUGUGUUUUAUUUAGAUGAAAUUCAUACAAGAGGAACAGAUUUUAAAUUUCCAAAUGAAUUUCGAGCAGCUGUUACUCUGGGAAAUGGUCUUAGUAAAGAUCGAUUUGUUCAAGCUUGUAUGAGAAUGAGAAAACUAGGUAAACAUCAUUGGUUAAGUUUUUGGAGUUCAAAUGAAGUUCAUCAACAAAUAGAAAUGUUAAAGAAAAAUUUAUCAUUAUCUAAUAAAAAAGAAAAUAUUGAUGAUCAAAUUAUUCUAAUGGAUAUUCUUCGUUGGGUAUAUGAAAAUACUCAACAGGCAACAUGGGAUGGAUUACAUCAUUGGGCAACACAAAGCUUGAGUUUUCAACGAAAACUUGCUGCUUUUCGAGAUAUUCAAUGGACCAAUUCUCAGCAAUCAUUUGCAAAUUCUAUGAUGGAAAAUUUAGCUAAAAAAUGUUUAGAACUAGAAGUUUUAGAAUUAAAAUCAAUGUAUGGUGUAUCGAAAAUAUAUCAAACAGUUCUAGAUAUUUACUUAGCUCGAUAUAAACAUGCAAAUAUUUGUUCAUCGAUUGAAAUUCAUGAAGCUGUUUCCAAACAAUUGAAAGAUUAUGGUGGUUCCAAAAAACUUUUAACACAAUUAUUAGAUGAAGAACAACAACGAGAAUUAGAACGAGAGCAAGAGUUAGAAGAAGAACGACAACAAUUUCGUCCUUCACCUGCCGUUCCAUGUUUACCUGAACUACAUGAUACAAUCAAAAAGUUGUGCAACAUGCAAGCGCCAAUGCUAAAUUUAUCAGCAUUAUCUUCUGUAUUUUUUCCAAUUGCCGAUGCUUUUGAAGGUACGACUUUCUAUCGUGAAUGUCAACCUCGUUGCUGGCAAGAAAAUCUUUGGGUUACAAAGGAAUUCAAACGUGUGAUUCAAACACGAGGAGAAUCAUUGGAUCCAUUCCUACGUCCUCCUCGGUGGAUUAUUGUCUAUCGAAAUCAACAUAUCAUUUUCGUAAGUCCUUUGGAAGCAAAUUGGUUGAUGGGUCAAUUACAAUCUGACUAUCAUAAACAAUCAUCUAAUGAUCUAUUCACGACAACAUUACGUUUGUUAUUGCCACGCACAAAACGAGAUCAAUCAAUUAUAGUGACUACACCAACUCUAACGAUUCCUCCAUCGAUUUCAGUCAAUCGUGGUGCUGUUGCUUUUCCAAUUCCAAUCGAAUGGUUAGUGGAGUUAUUUGUUUUUAAUGGAACUCUCUAUUUUGAAUCUAUUCAACAACAGACAGCUUAUUGCCAUUGUCUAGGUAUAUGCCCUAAACCUCGAACUACAUUUGAAGAAGAGGCUUUUGAGAAAGGUUGGAUUCUUGUCGAUGGAUUUGUAGAAAAUUUAGAACAUCGUCAACGUUUACAACUUCAUCAAUGUCGAUUUCGUUCUAAUCCUUUAGUAUUCAUUAGAAAAUUAAUAGAAAAUCGAAAUCAAGCAAAUGCUCCUCUUUCAUCCCAUGUUGGAAGUAUUAUAACAAUCGCUUUAAAACGUUCAUAG